GGGAUGUCUGACCGGGAAAAUGAAACUAAUGCCAUUUCCGGCCAACCCCAGAAAACUAUUGAGGAUUUUGAUCCUCCAAAGAAGACCAAAACCAACGUAUAUGCUCUUUCGUGUGCAAUUUUGGCUUCUACCACUUCCGUUUUACUGGGUUAUGAUAUUGGAGUAAUGAGUGGAGCAGUAAUCUACAUAAAGGAAGACCUCAAAAUCAGCGACGUAGAGGUCGAAGUCCUCGCCGGAGUCCUCAACCUGUACUGCCUCAUAGGCUCCUGCGCCGCCGGAAGAACCUCCGACUGGAUAGGCCGCCGCUACACCAUCGUGUUAUCCCAAGCCAUCUUCUUUGCCGGAGCUAUCCUCAUGGGCUUUGCCACCAACUACGCCUUCCUUAUGGUCGGCCGCUUCGUUGCCGGCAUCGGCGUCGGCUACGCCCUCAUGAUCGCUCCGGUCUACACCGCCGAGGUCUCUCCCGCCUCCUCUCGCGGCUUCCUUAGCUCAUUCCCCGAGGUGUUCAUCAAUGUUGGGAUAUUGCUAGGGUACGUUUCGAACUACGCUUUCUCUAAGCUCCGUACAAACUUGGGUUGGCGGUUCAUGUUGGGAGUAGGAGCCGUCCCCUCUAUUAUACUUGGCGUCGUCGUUUUGGUCAUGCCCGAGUCGCCUCGCUGGCUGGUCAUGCAAGGUCGACUCGGAGACGCAGAGAAAAUCCUUGACAAAACCUCCGAGUCCAAAGAGGAAGCCCAGACAAGACUUGCCGACAUCAAACUAGCAGCUGGUAUUCCUCAUAACUCCACUGAUGACGUCAUUCAAGCGCCUAAAAAAAACCGUGGUGAGGGCGUGUGGAAAGAGCUCUUCCUACAUCCUACACCAUCUGUUCGCCACGUGUUUAUCGCGUCUAUCUUUCUCUAUUUCUUCCAAGAAGCGUCGGGUAUAGACGCGGUCGUUUUGUACAGCCCCAGAAUCUUUGAGAAGGCUGGGAUCACAAAUUCUGAUAUAAAGCUACUUUGCACGAUAGCCGUUGGGUUCACCAAGACUUUGUUUAUCUUGACGGCCACGCUUUUGCUGGAUAAGAUCGGACGGCGACCCUUGCUUCUAACUAGCGUGGGGGGCAUGAUCGUCUCCCUCAUAAUCCUCGGAGUCACCCUAACGAUCAUUGAUCGUACGGAUGAGAAGGUUAUGUGGGCCGUUGCUUUGUCCAUCGCCAUGGUGUUAUUGUUCGUGGCAUUCUUCUCGAUCGGGAUGGGUCCCGUCACGUGGGUGUACACGUCAGAAAUCUUCCCGUUAAAGCUACGCGCCCAGGGCGUGAGUAUCGGAGUCGCGGUGCAGAGGGUCACAAGUGGGGUCAUUUCCAUGACUUUUAUUUCACUCUACAAGGCCAUCACCAUCGGCGGGGCCUUCUUUCUUUUCGCUGGAAUUGCGUUGGUGACGUUGGUGUUUGCUUACUUUGUGCUACCAGAAACACAAGGUCGAGCCCUCGAGGAUAUGGAGGGGUUGUUCGGUAAUUUAAUGUGGAACUUUCCUGGUUACAAGAAACACGAGGAAGUGGAUGGUGAUGGUAAGGUUCUUAUUCACUCUUCAGAUCCUAAGCAAUAA